GUGCCGCCCCAGCGUGUUGUUUUCUCUUUUUACUACAGUAUUUUUUUAUCAUAACAUAGGUAGUACAUAGUUAUCGUUGUGCUCGGGCUAUAAUUUAAUUAUGUAUUAAUUACUAAUUUUUUAAUGCUAUAUUUUGCGAUCAAAAUGUAUUUUAUAUUAUAGUCUUAAUAGAACAAUUUAUAUGUUCCUGCUUUUAUAGUGCUUAUUUUAAAUUAUACUACUAUUUUUGCUUCAAUAUUUUCUUUAUCAAAUUUUAUUUUUUUUAAUAAUAUUUAUUGUAAUUCAAUGUUUAAAUUUAAAAAUCAGUUUUCUUGUCGUCGAAUUUUUAAUUUUGAUGUGUAAAGCAAAUGGAAUUUUUUCAUUUGCCAAAUUUUAUCCAGAAUGUGUUUAUAAAUUCUGAAUAUUUCUAAAUAUCUUGCUGAAUAAUCGCAAAUAUUAACAGAACUUAAUAAUGGCAUCACACUAUCGUAAAACUCUUCCAUCGGCUGAUGCUGCAUUAGCAUCAGAAGUUUUUGAUCGUUUUUGCACGGCUUCUACAAUGAAGACUAUUCUUGGUCAUUUUCGACAUCUAUGUGAAAUAUUAUGCAUCAAGCCUACUAAUUUUCCUCAAUUUUAUCCAAAACUUAAGGCUAUGCUAUGUUCAUGGAAAGCAAAAGCUUUAUGGAAUAAAUUUGAUAAAAAAGCAAGUCACAAGUGUUAUAAUCGUGGAAAAACUUGUAUGAAUACUAGGGUUUUAAUUAUUGGUUCUGGGCCUUGCGGAUUACGUGCUGCUAUUGAAGCUCAGCUUUUAGGUGCUAAAGUAGUUGUAGUAGAAAAGAGAGAUCGUCUUUCAAGAAAUAAUGUACUUCAUCUUUGGCCCUUUGUUAUUCAAGACUUAAAAUUACUCGGUGCAAAAAAGUUUUUUGGUAAAUUUUGUGCUGGUGCUAUUGAUCAUAUAAGUAUUAGACAGCUUCAAUGCAUUUUGCUUAAAGUUUCAUUAAUCCUAGGUGUUGAAAUUCACGAAGGUGUUAGUUUUGAUUCCCUUUCUCCGCCACCCAAUAAUGAUGAAAAAAUUGGAUGGAGAGCUAUCUUUAGUCCAUCAGAUCAUCCUGUUUCUCAAUAUGAAUUUGAUGUUCUUAUUGGUGCUGAUGGUAAACGGAAUACAUUGGAAGGUUUUAAAAGAAAAGAAUUUCGUGGUAGGUUAGCUAUUGCUAUUACUGCUAACUUUAUAAACAAACACACUGAAGCUGAAGCAAGGGUAGAAGAAAUAUCUGGAGUGGCUUUCAUAUUUAAUCAAAAGUUUUUUAAAGAUCUUUACCGGGAAACAGGAAUUGAUUUAGAAAAUAUUGUUUAUUAUAAAGAUGAAACUCAUUAUUUUGUUAUGACUGCCAAAAAACAUAGUUUGAUCGAUAAAGGUGUUAUAUUAAAUGAUUAUGCUGAUGUUGCUAAAUUGUUAGCUCUAGAAAAUAUUAAUAAGGAAGCAUUAACAGAAUAUGCUAAAGAAGCUGCAAAUUUUUCAACUAAUUACUCAUUGCCUCAACUUGAAUUUGCUGUUAAUCAUUAUGGUCAACCAGAUGUAGCUAUGUUUGAUUUUACUUCAAUGUAUGCUGCUGAAAAUGCUAGCCAUGUGAUCCAAAGAAAUGGCCAUAAGCUUUUAACUACAUUAGUUGGAGAUAGCUUAUUAGAGCCAUUUUGGCCAACUGGUUCUGGUUGCGCUCGUGGUUUUUUGAGUUCAAUGGAUACCUGUUGGGCUAUUAGGCAUUGGGGCUCUCCAGAUUCUAAUCCAUUAGAAGUAUUAGCUGAACGAGAAUCAAUCUAUCAUAUUCUUGGUCAAACAACACCUGAAAAUUUACAAAAAAAUAUAGCUGGCUAUACUGUUGAUCCUCAUACAAGAUAUCCAAAUCUUAAUACACGUGCUGUUUUACCUAUGCAAGUUGUACAUUUAUUUGAUUGUGAUGACAAGACUGUUGUGGAAAAACUUCUCAAAGCUCCUCGUCAAACAAUUACUCCAGUUCAAGAUGUUCCAAAAAAACGUCGAAAAAAAGUCCGUUUGGCUGCACUUGAUCCUGCAAUAAAGGAAAGUCAAGUAAAUCAAGAAACAUUACAUCAUUGGUUAAAAACUCAAGUUGAACCUUACGAUUCAAUAUCUGUUGAAGAUUUUGCGAAAUCAUUUAAAAAUGGCUUAGCAUUAUGUGCAAUUAUACAUAGGUACCGCCCAGACUUGGUGGAUUUCUUUACUCUUUCAUCCUCUGAUGUGGCAAAAAAUAAUCAAUUAGCUUUUGAUAUUUUAGAACAUGAAUUUGGAAUUCCGCCUAUAAUGUCUGGUAUUGAAAUGGAACAGUGUGAUAUACCUGAUAUUCUAACCAUGUUAUCUUAUUUGUCACAAGUGUAUGAUACGUUCAGACGAGAAAUUCCACAUAUAAAUCAUCCAAAAUUGGAAGACAGUGAUCAUGGACCUACACCAGCAGAAAGUCGUUUUAGAAUCCAUGUUGCUAGAAAUAAUAUGCUUGCCCCGUAUUCAAAACCUUCUACAUUAGUAAAACCUAUUUCGCAGUCACGAAAACGUUCAGGUGUUAAUAAUAUUUCUACUAUUGAUAAAAGUACUUCUUCUAUACAAAGACGUAAUAGAAAGCGGCGUACCAACAUAAAUAAUGGAUCAUUGGCACAAAUAAAAAAAAGACUACAUUUACGGAUGCAGCAAAUUUAUAUAAGAGAACCCGAAGAAGAUGAGUUUUUAGAAAAUAACCAUGAACAGUUUAAAGAACGAGCUAGAGAGUUGGAGAAAAAAUUAUUUCCAAGUCCACGAGACAGUCGUGUACAAGAUGGUUGCUCUUCUCCACGAUAUAAAAUGGAAGAAGAUAUUUCAGUACGAGCCAAAGAAAUUGAAGCAAAACUUAAAGGUGGCCCAGCACCUGAUAAAAAACCUAAAGACCUCAUGAGGGCUAUUGGAAAAAUUGAUAAAAGUGAUUGGAAUGUAAAAGAAAUAGAACGGAAGAUCGAAGAAAGUAAAGUAAAUGCUAAACACAUUAAAAAUGGUACUGAAAAAGUCCCUAAAUGGAGUCGCCCUCAAUUUGAUGAUAAAGUUAGCGCAAUUAAGAAAAAACUUCAUGUAAAAGGAUAUCAAGAUAAUAUCAACAAUGACAAAAAAUUCUUUGAAAUUGAUGAUAAUUUAAAUAAACUAAAUAGAAAAAUUAAAGAUGGAAAUAUUUUAGAUCAAGGUUUACGUGGUGCUAAUAAAGUUUCAGCAAUGGCUGCACAUUUAGCUACCAUAAAUAAACAGCCUGAACAACCUCUACUUCAAAGAUCUGGUACUAAAAAUACUGUAAUAAUUCCACAAGGUGGAAGUGAAACAUGUCAUUUUUGUAAAAACCGUGUUUAUUUAAUGGAACGGUUAAGUGCAGAAGGCAGAUUUUUUCACCGUGGUUGUUUCCGUUGUGAAUAUUGUCAUACAACUCUGAGAUUAGGUAAUUACAUGUAUGACCGUGAAGGUAAAUACGAUAACCGUUUUUACUGUUCUCAACACUUUGGAAUGUCUGGGACACAGCAGAUGCGAUCUAGACGUAAACUUGAACAAAAGACUGAACCAGAUUUAGGAAUUAAACCAAUUGUUUUAACAAAAACUCCUGAUAAAACAAAAGCAUCAAUGGAAUCAUUAGAUCGAGGUGAAACUCCUGAACGAGUAGAGUUUGAAAAUUUAGAUUUAGAAGAAGAUUUGGUCCUUAGUGAAAUGGACGAAGAUGAAUGGACUGAUCGUAAUUUUGGUGCUUCAGCUAAUGAAAUGCUUUCUUCCGAUGAAUUAUCUGAAUUUAGUGAUAGUGAUAGUGACGAGAAUCAAAACCUAGAAUUAAAUGAUGAUAAUCAAGAGAAAAAAUUACUGCCAAUAAAUAUUAAUAAUGACAAUGUAUGUAACAUAAAUGUUGAAGAUGACGGUCUAAGUUCACAAAAUGAAUCUGAUGAAUCACAGGAUCGUUUCAGCUACAAAGAAUUUGAUAGUGGUGAUGAUGAAAGCGACACAGCAACUGAAGGUGAAGAAGAAAUUAAGGCACGAGAAAUAAGAAAACAAGAAGUUUGUUUACGUAUCCCUAAUAUAUCAUCUGCCACUACAGAUACUGGAUCUGAUACAGAGGUCGCGACUGAUUUUUAUUCAUCAAGUUCUGGUGGUAGUAAUUCUGCUACAGAAAUAUCAACAGAUUCUGAAUUUGAGCGAGAUGAUAAAACUCCAACAAGGCACAGUAUUCCAAAUAUAAUUGUAAGCGAAAGUAUUCAAUCAAAACGUAAGGUAGAAGAAACAAAAGUUGAUCCUUUAGUUCCGGAAAAUCCUAAAAUUGCAGAAAUAGUUAAUAGAGCCCAAAAUCGACCAAAUUUUAUUCCAUUUGCUAAUCCUGGAUAUGAACUUAAUCGAACUCAGUCUACCGAAGGUAUCGCUACUAAACGUUCAUUAGAACUGAAAAAGUUAUACUUGUUAGCUGGUAAUGGAAAUGGAAUAGCAGUAAAAAAAUCUGGCUCAUCUGUAACUUUAGAUACAAAAUUUAAAAGCUUUGUUGAUCAAAUAUCCGAGUGUCAAAAAAAAUUAAAUCCUGCACCAGUCCCCAGUCCUACUAUGCAAGCAUUUUUACAAAAUGUAAGUCCUGUUGUUAAUAAAAAUGAGAAAAAAUCAAAAGAACUAUCAGAAAUGAAUGAAUUUAAACAUGUCUGUUUAAAACAUUCUGAAAAAAAUAAUGACUGUAAUGAAAACAACGAAACUAAUAAUAAAGUAAUAGAAGUAAUUAAUACUCAGUAUCAAGAACAUGAUAAUGAAUUACGUCCUCGUAGUCCAGCUCAUGAAACUUCUAUAAUUGUACCAGAGUUUCAUCGUUCCCAAAUAGAAGAUAAAAUUGAAUCAGAUUCUUUAUCAACAGAUGCUUCGACAGAUACUGAAAAUGAUUUAGAAAUUCCUGAUAUUUCGUCUGAUGAUAAGGAUAUUCCAAUAGAAAACCAUAGUUUACCAAAAUUAGAAAUCCAUAACUCUCGAGGUGAACUCAUGAAUGAUAUAGAACAACAAAAAGAACAAAUAAUUGAAUCUGAAUGCAUACCAAAAUAUUCAGAUAAUGGAUUUAAUAAGAUAAUUACAGUUCCAAGUCCAAUAAAAGAUAAAAAUGUUAGAAAUGGAGAAAUAUUAAAACAUGUUUCAACUACUGCUGAUUUAUUUAUGAACGAUGUUUCAAAGCCUAACUGUACUGACAUUUUACAUCCUGAAUCUUAUGUUCAUGUGCCUGAUUAUAAUAAUGACGAUGAUCACACUAUUGAGGGACAAACUGAAACAGAGCUUUCUGAUUGGGCAAGAGAUGAUGAUGUUGGAGUAUCUGAAGCUUGGGAUGAUUUUGUACAUGUACCAAUAAAAUCAUUAACUUAUAGAAAACAUCAGAGACCUAAAUCAAAACGUAAACCUAGAAAUUCUCCAAAGAAACGACCCAAUGAAGAUUUAGAUGAAUAUGGACAUGUCUGUGGAAAAAUUGAUAGUGAUAACAUUGAAUUCAUGGAUACCAUUAGUGACAAUGAUACUAAUGAGCAUGUCGCUGCAUUAAAUCAAACAUUGCUACACAAUACUGGUUAUGUGGAAUUUGUAACCAACCCUCAAAUGGACGAUGAUGAGCUUAAAACACCUGUGGUAGAGACAUUGAAUGCUAUUUAUAAUAUGUCAGUUGAUAAAGAUGAUAAUGAUACUACAACGACCAGUGAUCUAGUUACUGUAAUGGAUCUCAAUGAUAAAAAUAAUAUUGAUGAUGAUGCUCUAACUCCAAUUGCUAAUGAGGACUCUAAUAAAACCUAUCAGAAUUAUGUAAAACGUUUACAGGAAAAAAUAACACCAUUCAACAGUAUAAGAGAUUCUAUUGAUGUACGUAAAAUGAAAAAAAAUAGUAAAGGAGAAAAAUUAGAUGAAAAUAAUUUGAAAGAGCAAAAUGAACAAGAACAAAAUUCUACUACUUAUAAACUUCAACAAAUAACAAAUGAGAGAAUGAAAGAAAAAAAUUUAAUUCAUGAUAUGGUCAUGAGUAAAAUAACAAGUAAAUCACCUCAUGAAAGAAAACCUCGUCGUAACAAAAGUUCGCCCUUUUCUCCAGAAUCUCAUACAGAAAAUUUUGAAUUCACAAAACCACUUCCUGUUCAUCAUAGUAAUGCAGAUGUACAAGCCCGACCUACAUCUCUUCUAAUUCCUAUAAAAAGUCCUUUGAGUGAACGAAAAAUUUGUCCUACCCAACAGAUAUCAUGUUCAGAAGCAUUUUCAUUGCCUGAUAUAAGAAGAGCACUAUUUGAUGAAAAUACCCCAACAUCUAGUGUUGCUGAAAUAUUAAAGUCGACUGAAGAAAUACGUGAAAACGCUAGGGCCAGAGCUAGAUUAAAGAGUGAUUCUGAAUUAGGUAUAAGUCCUGAAGAUAAAAUUAGACAACUUAGAGAAAAGUUAGAACGUAGAAGAGCAGUAAAAAGCAAUUGUGAUGGACUUUCAUUACUAACAAAAAGUAAAAGUUGUCAAUCAAUUGAUGAAUUUGAUCUUGAUUCUGCAUUGUGUGAUACACCAAAAAGAAACGAACAAAAUAUAAUAAAUGAUCGUCCUGAAAGAAAACGUAGUAUUACUCAAACUGUUAUGGCUGCAAUUUUUCAAAAGAAGACACCAUCACCAAAUAAAAUUCGUUCUCCAUCUAGUCAUCAAACAUCUCCUUCUAGAUUUAAGUUUUUAAUGAGUGGCAAAAUAAAAGAAAAAUCUCAGUCGGCAGAUAAUGUUUCUACAUUCAUUGGAGAUAAUGAUAAAAAAUUAAUCUCAGCUGCUGGAGAUAAACCUGUGCAAUAUAAAUCAAAUAGUGAAUCUGAAAUCAGACGUCGCUUAAUAGAUUCAUUGGCUCCACCUAUACCACCACUACCAUCUUGCUAUAAUAUUGAUAAUCCAGAAUUAUUAGAAACUGUUGUCUCUAUGGAUGAAUCCAAAAAAAACAAAGUCGAUGAUGACUUUAGUAUUCAAAGUGCAGAUGGUAAAAUGUCAAAGUCUGAGAUUAAAAUUGCUAGACAGUCCCAACGGAAAAGGUUACGUAUUGCACAAGAAGUUCAAAGAAAAUUGGAAGAAUUGGAUGUUAAACUGAAAACUUUAGAAGCUGAAGGGGUUGAAGUAGAGAAAAAACUUAGAGGAGAAGGAGGUGAAAAAAAUGAAGAUGAACCAUCUCUUUUGCACACGUAUUGUGAACUAAUGAGUGAAGUGAAUCGAUUGAGAAGAGAAGAACGUGAAUUAGGAUUACAAGCACAAGAAUUAGAAAUAGAGGAUAAUCUCGCAAGGCGUGAGACAAUCAGUCCAAAUGUGUUUGGCUCUGAUUCCAAUUGUUUGGCCAGCAUUCACCGUACAAACCAUGUUCUUACAAAAUUAUUUCCUAUAUAUGUCUUGAUAGUAUUCUAUUACUUUAAUUUAUUUACUUCCUAAAUCACUUAAUAUUUCAGUUCCCUAACUGUAACUAUAUAAUAUAAUAACUAUAGUCAAAAUGUUAUUUUUGCUAUGAAGGUAAUACUAAUGCUAGUAACUAUUUAAAUACUUU